UGAUAGAUAGAUGAUUGAAAUAGAUACACUUGACAAAAAUGCCAGGCAUCAUUAUUCUAAGUAUUUUCCAUGUAGUAUCUCGUUUGACCAUUGCAACAUACCUAUAGGUAAGUAUAAUUUACUCUUAAUUUUACAGAACUGAGCAACAGAGCUAAAUAGCUUUCUCAAAAUCAUGUAAUAACUGCACUUGAACCUAUACAGAACGAAUAAUGUGUGUGUGUGUGUGUGUGUAAUUACUAUUAAUGAUUUGACUUUUUAUAAAAAUGAUAAGUGAGAUGAUUCCAAGAAAUAGUAAGGAGUGUUUUAAUAAGAUGAACAUUUUUUUUCUGUGAGUUCCACACAAUAUGGCACACAGGACAUUUUUAUUAUUUGUGGACAAAAAUAUUCUGCCAAUUUUAUGAUACUCUUAUGCAAACAUGCUUUUGGAUGAUUUUCCAUUUUUAAUGAUGUGUUCACUUUUAUCUCGAUCUGAACUGAUAAGACUGAUUACUCACCGCUUCUCCUUGGAUUAAAUGAAUGUGUUGUCAGUUGUUUUGCUCCUGUUAUACAGAAAGCUUGCUCGGCUUUUUGUGAUCCACGUCUGUAAGUCCUUCUAGUUAUUUUCUUUGAUUUGGAUCAAUCACCACAGUUGCCAUGGUCACCCCAGAGCAGCAUGAUGGCAGGCAUGAUAACUGGAAACCCAGGACAAUUUGCAAGUUGGAAAAAUGCUGGAUGUUAUACCUUUGUAUGUGCAUCAUACUUCUCAUAGUGGUCAUUCUUGUGAUAGCAGUAUUUUUCAAAUGUCCCAAAACUGUGGAGUGUUCAGGUGAAUGGAUUGGAGUAAGAAAAAAGUGUUUCUAUUUUUCCAGUGAUACCAAAAAUUGGACAGCCAGUGAACAAUUUUGCCUUUCACAGGGAUCAGAACUUGCUCAUAUUGAUACACAAGAGGAUAUGGAGUUUUUGAGGAGACACGCAGGAACUUUUAUGCACUGGAUUGGAUUGAACAGAAAACAAGGAGAAUCUUGGAAAUGGACAAAUGGUACCAUAUUCAACCCUUGGUUUGAAAUUAGUGGGAAUGGAUCCUUUGCUUUUCUGAAUGCUGAUGGAGUCCAUAGUUCUAGGGGAUUUAUUGAUAUUAAGUGGAUUUGCAGCAAACCUCAAUUUUAAUUGAGCAAAAAAACUGGAAAAUGACUAUCACACUUCCGAGAUAAAGAAAAGGCCUAGGUAGGUAAUAGUUCUCACUAGUUAUGCUGUUGAAUACUGAAUUUUGCAGAUUUUAAACAAAGGAAUUAAAAACUGUUGAAUGAAAGAACCUCAUCAAAACAAGACACACAACUGCCCAUUAUAAGCACAAAUCAGGAAACUUCUACUAAAGAGAAGCAAAUAAAGUAAUCACAAAUAAUUAGAUGACCUGCAACUGCAAUAAUGAUUUUAAGCAAAUUUAAAGAGAUCUAUGUUGAUAGACCAGCCAACAUUUACUUAGCUUAAGAGUUAGAGAAAUAUAUGUGUUCCAAAUGUGUAAAUAUUACAAAAUACUAACAAUAAUAACUUUGGUGAAAAGAAAUGCUACAAGAGAAUAACCUAUGAAAAGACAUUCACUUCAAUGACAUAAAAACAAGGAAAAACCCACCCAUAAGGAUCCUAACUCUAUCAGUAAAAAUCACUGAUAAAUGAUCAGAAUUAUAUAUUAAAUUAUAAAGCUCACUCAAAGCAAUCUACAGAUUCAAUGCAAUCUUCAUCAAAAUACCAAUGGCAUAUUUCACAGAAUUAGAACCAAGAAUCUUAAAAUCUGUAUGGGAUCACAAAAGACUCCAAAGCAAUCUUGAGGAAGAAGAAAAAAAACAAAAAAAAAAAGCUGGAGGCAUCCCACUCCCUGAUUUCAAACUAUGCUACCGAGCUGUAGUAAUCAAAAUAGUAUGGUACUGGCACAAAAACAGAUUCAUGGAUCAAUGAAAUAGAAUAGACACCCCAGAAAUGAAACCCACACUUAUAUGUCAAUUAACCUCUGACAAAGGAGGUACAAAUAUAAAAUGGGGAAAAGACAGUCAUUUCAAUAAAUAAUGUUGAAAAAACUGGACACUAAAUGCCAAGGAAUGAAACUGACCACUAUCUUACACCAUAAACAAAAAUAAAUUCAAAUUGACUGAAAGGCUUUACUAUAAGACCUGAAACCAUAAAACUCUUAGAAGAAAACAGAGAUGGUAAGCCAUUUGAAAUCAGAAUUUUUUUUUUUUUUUUGGACCAGUGUCCUCAGACAAAGCAACAAAAGCUAAAAUAAACAAAUGAGAUUACUCAAACUUAGAGAUCUUUUGCACAGUGAAGAAAAACAUUAACAAAAUGAGAAGAUAUCUUGAACUUUAAAAAAAAAAAUCUAUACUUUUAUUGCCAUUCUGGUCAAAAUUACACCAGUAUUUUUCUCUUUUAUUUAAUUUAUUUUUUAUUUUCAGUAUUCAUUAUUUUUGCACCACACCCAGUGCUCCAUGCUAUCCGUGCCCUCUAUAAUACCCACCACCUGGUACCCCGACCUCCCAUCCCCUGCUCUUUCAAAACCCUCAGAUUGUUUUUCAGAGUCUCUCAUGGUGCACCUCCCCUUCCAAUUUACCCCAACUUCCUUCUCCUCUCUAUCUCCCCAUUUCCUCAAUGCUAUUUGUUAUACUCCAAAAAUAAGUGAAACCAUAUGAUAAUUGACUCUCUCUGCUUGACAUAUUUCACUCAGCAUAAUCUCUUCCAGUACUGUCCAUGUUGCUACAAAAGUUGGGCAUUCAUCCUUUCUGAUGGAGGCAUACUACUCCAUAGUGUAUAUGGACCACAUCUUCCUUAUCCAAUCAUCCGUUGAAGGGCAUCUUGGUUCUUUCCACAGUUCGGUGACCGUGGCCAUUGCUGCUAUAAACAUUGGGGUACAGAUGGCCCUUCUUUUCACGACAUCUGUAUCUUUGGGGUAAAUACCCAGGAGUGCAAUGGCAGGGUCAUAGGGAAGUUCUAUUUUUAAUUUCUUGAGGAAUCUCCACAUUGUUCUCCAAAGAGGCUGCACCAACUUGCAUUCCCACCAACAGUGUAAGAGGGUUCCCCUUUCUCCACAUCCCCUCCAACACAUGUUGUUUCCUGUCUUGCUAAAUUUGGCCAUUCUAACUGGUGUAAGGUGAUAUCUCAAUGUAGUUUUAAUUUGAAUCUCCCUGAUGGCUAGUGAUGAUGAACAUUUUUUUUCAUGUGUCGGAUAACCAUUUGUAUGUCUUCAUUGGAGAAGUGUCUGUCCAUAUCUUCUGCCCAUUUUUUGAUAUGAUUGUCUGUUUUGUGUGUGUUGAGUUUGGAAAAAAGACAGUCUCUUCAAUAAAUGGUGCUGGGAAAACUGGGCAGCUAUAUGUAGAAGAAUGAAACUCGACCAUUCUUUUACACCGUACACAAAGAUAAACUCAAAAUGGAUAAAAGACCUCAAUGUGAGACGGGAAUCCAUCAGAAUCCUAGAGGAGAACAUAGGCAGUAAUCUCUUCGAUAUCAGCCACAGCAACUUCUUUCAAGAUAUGUCUCCAAAGGCAAAGGGAACAAAAGCGAAAAUGAACUUUUGGGACUUCAUCAAAUUCAAAAGCUUCUGCACAGCAAAGGAAACAGUCAAGAAAACAAAGAGGCAACCCACGGAAUGGGAGAAGAUAUUUGCAAAUGAUAGUACAGAGAAAAGGUUGAUAUCCAGGAUCUAUAAUGAACUCCUCAAAAACCAGUAUUUUUCAAAGAGCUGGAGCAAAUAAUCCUAAAAUUCAUAUGGAAUCAGAAGAGAUCCCGAAUUGCUAAGGAAUUUUGAAAAAGAAAAACAAAACUGGGGGCAUCAUGUUAUCUGAUUUCAAGCUUUACUACAAAGCUGUGAUCACCAAGACAUCACGGUACUCACAUAAAAACAGACACAUAGACCAGUGGAACAGAGUAGAGAGCCCAGAUAUGGACCCUCAACUCUAUGGUCAAAUAAUAAUUAAUUUCAUGUAUUUAAAGCACAUUUGUAUUUCAAAAUAAAUGUAACAGUUUGUGUCCACUAUAUACGUAAGGUCAUUAUUUAACUCCUCCAAGUUGACCAUAGUAAAUUAUAAACCAUCAG